CUCCCGGCAACAGUUUCCACUUCCCCAACUGCCUCCAGGGGCUGUAGCAACGAAAACAACAGCCCUUCUCCCGCCUUGCUUCAGCUAAAGCUCCUGCAGCGGCUCGGACCCCGAGCGUGGCCUUUGAAAAUGUCGGAUGAGGAGCCAGAAGAUGACAAUGAUGCUGAAGAGAAAGGGGAAGAAGAGGGGGAAGGGGAGGAGGAGAAGGAAGCACCAGAGGAGGAAGAAGAAGAGCACCAAGUCUCAAACCCUCUCACAGAGGAGAUCAUGAAAGAAGGCCUUUCGCUUUUAUGUAAAACUGGCAAUGGCUUGGCUCAUGCAUUUGUGAAAUUAGAGGCUAAAGAAAAGGAACUGACAGACAUCACCCUCAUCCAAAGUUUCAUCCACUUACGUUAUGUAGACCUGUCAGACAACUUGCUCCAAGACCUGUCUCCAUUAUCAGCACUCACUCAUUUGCUGUGGUUGAAAGUGGAUGGCAAUCGGCUAACUAGUCCCAGCAUGGAUGAGCUGCCGUACCUGCAGAAUGCCAGCUUCGCCAACAACCACAUCAAGGAUACCAGUGGCAUUAACCAUCCACGCUUGGCCAAUCUCAGCUUGAAAGGUAAUGAGAUUGAUGUAAUAACAGGCCUGGAUCCAGACAAGUUGUCAAAUCUGCACACACUAGAGCUGCGGGGAAACAACCUAAAGUCUACAGCUGGACUCUGCCUGCCCAAGCUCAAAAAUCUGUACCUGGCCCAGAAUUCCAUUACUAGUCUAGAGGACUUAGAAGGCCUGGGGCAACUCACGACUCUGCAUCUACGUGACAAUCAGCUUGAAACACUGGAUGGCUUCUCAGAAAGCCUGAAAUCUCUUCAAUAUCUCAACCUAAGGGGGAAUGCAAUUGUACAGUCCCAGGAAGUGAUGAAGCUGCAGGUGCUGCCCAUGUUACGAGCCCUGGUCUUACUUGACAAUCCUUGUUCUGAUGAGGGGGACUACAGAGUAGAAGUCCUAGUGCUGCUCCCACGCCUUGAACGCCUUGAUAAGGAUUUCUUUGAGGAGGAGGAACGGGCUGAGGCUGAAGAUAUACGGCAGCGACGGCAGGAAGAAGAGUUGGAACUGGAAAGAGAGAGAGAGAGAGAGAAAGAGCUAGAUGAAAUUGAGAACGGAACCCAGGAGGAGGUACAGGAGUGACAUGGAUGUCAGUCCCAAACGUAGGUCUGCUCAGAGAGCUUUUUCAUGCCAGCUGCUUCCCAGAGUGGAGCAGGAGCUGCAGGCUGCCUUCCAGAGCCACCUUUCCUGUGCUGUAAAGCAGUCACCCAAACAGUGCGACUUCCCUGGCAUGUAGUAACAGAAGGCUGUGGUGCUAAGAGGGAGGAGUGCCUCCGUGCUUUCAA